GCAUGUUCUUGUCAGCCAGUCUUUUCAUAGCUUUCUUUAAGGGGCCGGGACUAUUCAACAGCCUGGCUCGCACAUGGAAUUUUCUCACUUCCUAUUCUCAGUGAAGACAUAACGGCUGCAGUCAGCACAGAGGAAGCUCUGCAGCAUUUGGUCUGUUUGCAGUAUCAGAUCAGCUGAACUGAAGCUCAAACUGGAAACAUGGAUAUCUGAACUGAGAGCAGAUCCAGAAUCUGCUUGAAGGAAGGCAUCAGCGAGAGCAUGUACAGCUUUAGGCUGGUCUACAUUUUCUCCUAUAACUUGUUCCAAUUCUGUGGUCACACAUGGAUCCUGGCUAACACCAUCGCAAGAUUUUUUACCUUUGGUCAAGAUGCUCUGGCAGACACAUUUUACUCUGUGGGUUUUGUGAUGAGCCUGUGCCAGCUGCUCUCCAUCCUGGAGAUCUUCCACAUCGCAGACGGCAUCGAGAAGGCUAGGCUCCUUCCUCGCUUCAUCCAAGUGAUUGAGAAAAACAUUCUGCUGAUUAUGGUCAUCAUGUUUGAAGAGAUCCAAAGUAAGCCAGUGGUGUGUGUGCAGUUUUUCCUGUGGAAUAUACUGGACCUCUUACGGUACCCUCACGAACUUCUGUGUGUUAUGGAAAGACCUUCUGUCGCCAUGUUGUGGAGCCGUUACUCUCUUUGGAUCCCCUUAUACAUCCUGUCAGUUGUCAUUGAAGGUGUCAUUAUUUAUGAGGCGCUGCUGUACCUGGAACCGUCAGCCCCCCACCUGCCCUCCCUGCUGCUGCUCUACCUGCCGCUUCUCGCUGUGGGAGGCUCGGUAACAGUCUGGCAGCUGCUGAAGGAGAGGAAACACCAUCUGGAGAAACGCUACAAGAGGAAGAAACAGAAAUGACUCAGAGUUGGAUUCUUCAG